AUGGAAAUGAACUUUGAAUUGCAAAUGAAGGAGAGAGACUUAGAGAUUGAGCGUUUGAGGGUCAACAGAGUAGACAGUACUGAUACUUGUAAGGCAUACAGACCUAAGAUUCCAAAGUUUGAUGAAGAGCACGAUAACAUUGACGCAUAUCUGGAAAGGUUUGAGAGAUAUGCUCAAAGUCAAAAGUGGGAAGAGGAGAGCUGGCCCAUAAGUCUUAGCUCACUUUUAACAGGAAUGGGAAUGGAGGUGUACACAGGCAUGCCACAAGAAGAGGCCUGUAAUUACGAUUCACUCAAGAAAGCGAUCCUAAGGAGGUAUCAGUUGACUGAAGAGGGAUUCAGAUCUAAAUUUCGACAAAGUAAACCAGACCAAGGAGAGUUGUUCGGCCGAAUUAGUGGUGUUUCUGAAAGAGAGAACACCAAAGUCGAUGGACGAGAGCAGUACAUCGAAGCACACAAGGGGACACCUUCAAUAUUGUCGAAGAGUGUUGCGCCACAAAGGAAGCACAACUCCACCAGUCAUGAGCAGUCCAGUCGAAAGACAGAAGAGAAGAAUGGGUUGCGUAAAACCUGCUUUAUAUGUAAUAAAGCAGGUCAUUUAGCGCGUGACUGUAGACAAAACAGCAAGAGUAACGCUCCAAAGAGUUGCUUUAUCUGUAAUAAAGCAGGACACUUAGCCAGAGAUUGUAAGCAGAUGAGAUCAGCUCCAGCAAAGAAUGACCAGAAGUUAGCAGCAGUGUGUGUUCAAACGGAAGUAGAAAACAGUCCAUUGAAAAACAAUACUGAAGACGGAAAAUUGAAGUUGGCAGGUAGGGAGUCAGUCCCAAUACUUGCAGGAGUUUGUACCAUUGACAGCUUAAAAGGGGAGAGGAACUUGGAGGUACAGAGAGGAUUCGUAGGAACAGAAGAAGUGAAAGUGUUAAGGGACACUGGAUGCGAAUCUGCUGCUGUAAGAAGAGACUUAGUCAAAGAAGAGCAAUUUUUAGGCAAAGAAAUAGUGAUGAUCACAAUAGAUGGGGACGCCAAAGUUGUACCUAUGGCGAAGAUAUGGGUUGAUACUCCGUAUUACAUUGGAGAAAUUGAGGCAAUGGUACCAAAGUCGUUGAUUUGUGACUUAGUCAUUGGGAAUGUUCCUGGUGUACUUGAUAGACCUGAUCCUGAAUGGAAAAAGAAGAAUGCUGAUACAUCAGUAGCUGCGGUUAUGACAAGAUCACAGAAUAGAAAAGCAGAGCUACCAACGAAAGCACUGAAUGUGCCGAAACCCUCCUGUGAAACAGAAGUUAAUGUGGAGACAUUAAAGGCAUCACAGAAGGAAGAUAAAGCAUUGCAAAAGCUGUGGGAUUUAGCAAAGACAGAAGACAUGCUCGAAACCAAGGGUGGUGCAAAAUACAAAUUUGCAAUAAGAAAUGGAGUGCUGUAUAGAGUUUAUCUUCAGACGAAAGGGGCGUAUGACUAUGAGACCAAACAGAUUGUCGUACCAGCAAGCAAACGCAAAAGAGUGAUGGAACUUGCUCACCAAUCGAUCGUUGGAGGACAUCUUUCAGCGAAGAAAACAGAGGACAGGAUCACGUCAAGUUUCUAUUGGCCUGGGAUUUCAAGUGAAGUUGGACGAUUUUGCCGAUCUUGUGACAAAUGCCAAAAGACCAUUCCGAAAGGCCGAGUUAAGAAGGUUCCUUUAGGAGACAUGCCAGUGAUUGAAGAACCCUUCCACAGAAUAGCCAUAGAUUUAAUAGGACCUAUUGCACCAGUAUCAGACAGUGGAAACAGAUAUAUAAUAACAGUGGUAGAUUAUGCCACGCGAUACCUAGAAGUGGUAGCAUUACCACGAAUUGAUACAGAAAGAGUAGCAGAAGCACUUCUUGACAUCUUUUCGAGAGUAGGUCUCCCAAGUGAAGUUUUAAGUGACAGAGGCAGCCAAUUUACAUCUGACCUGAUGAAAGAAGUAAGUCGUCUUAUAUCAGUGAAGCAACUCUUCACCACACCAUACAACCCGAAGUGCAAUGGAUUUUGUGAGCGUAUGAAUGGAGUCAUGAAGAGCAUGUUAAAGAAGAUGUGCCAAGAAAGACCCAAAAAUUGGGAUAGAUACCUUUCGGCAGUAUUAUUUGCAUAUAGAGAAGUACCACAAUCAAGUAUAGGAUUCUCACCCUUUGAACUUUUAUAUGGAAGAACAGUGCGGGGACCAAUGCAAGUGUUGAAAGAAAUAUGGACAGCGAAAGAAAAUCCUGAGACGCAGAACACAUAUCAAUAUGUAUUUGACUUAAAGCAGCGGUUGUAA